ACACACUUCCGAUACUAUGCUCCUAGAAUCUCAUUUUUGUGUUGGGUUGUUUUAAGGGGAAACCAUAUACUACAGACAGAACACAGUCCGACCUGCCCGCCACACAAUUUCAUGUUCACUCAGUUGAAUUAAUCGUGAAUCUUUAUUUCAUUGGGAACAGUUUUUUUUUAUUUGUCGCGUAAAAGUAAAAUUCUAUAAAUAUUUAUUUAAGGAAAAAUUACAAAAAGAAAAACACAUAUAUUACUUAAACAUAUUGUUUGGUGUGAUAAUCUUGUAAAUUCAUACAAAAUGUUAAUGACUGGUGCAACAGAAACAGAUACAGCGAGUUUGGGCUUAGUGCCGCAGAGAACUACAGCUACAGCGGCUAUUCAACAGAGAGAUACAACAUGGACAAAACUGUUUGUAGGAGGCUUGCCAUAUCACACCACAGAUAAAAGCCUCCGAGAUCACUUCUCCGUAUUUGGUGAUAUAGAAGAAGCUGUUGUUAUAACUGACCGUCAAACAAACAAAAGCCGUGGAUAUGGAUUUGUAAUUAUGGGAGACAGAGCUAGUACUGAAAGAGCAUGCAAAGACCCAAACCCAAUAAUAGAUGGACGAAAAGCAAACGUAAAUUUAGCGAUUCUAGGUGCCAAGGCCCGUAUGAAUAUAGCUCCUGGAUUUCCCUAUGCCGCUGCUGCUGCUGCGAGUUUGAGGGCUGGAUAUUCGAUAAUACCAAAUCAAUUCGGUGUUCCCCCACCAUACAUUUACGGAUCACCCUACCUUAGUGCUGCUGCAACGGCCUCUGCAUCAGCAAAUACAGCUAAUGCAGCGUCCGGUUUAGUACCAAUACAGGCUUCGCAGUUAUCGCAUGCUGCCGCGAUUGCUGCAGCGACCAAUCAAUUUUAUGAAUAUCAUAACGCUGUUGUUGCUGCUGCCGCUGCACCAUAUGGUGGACAAUAUCCUACUGGCUUUGAAGCAUAUCCAUAUUCUGGCACCGUGGCAGGUAACUGCUUUACUGAACUAGGAAAUGCAGCAACUGCUGGAUAUGUAACACCUUACACAUAUGCAACUCUACCGCAUACAGGAGCCGGUGCUGCGACGGGUGCUUUUGCAGCUUUAAGUCCCUAUCAACAAGCUACAAAUGCUUCUUUACAAGACACAAGACUUCAAUAAAAUUUUAACAUUUUAGAAAUUGUUUCUUGUCAGCGAAUAACAUUUUAAAUUAUAUAACAAAUAUUACAUGACAACCGUUAUACUGAUGGGCAAUGAGCAGGGAUAGUAGUGUAGAUGUAGAGACUAAAAAGUUUGUUCAUACUUUGAUAUCAUUUACUUUGAUUAUACGUGAACCGUUUGUCAUAUCUUCCAACUUAACACUGUGCAAACAUUUUUGCGAUCUUAUGUAUCACGUAGGAUAAAGCUUUUCUUGUUCACACCAAUGUGAUUAAGUUUGAUAAGACAUAGAUAGUUAUAUUGAAAUCAACAACCUUUGAUGUUGGCUAGUAACGAAUAGUUGGUAAUUUAUCAAUAUCAAGAUAAGGUUGCAUAUAUCUCUUAAUGUUAACUUAAAUUUCUUCGCAACCAAAAUACACUAUAACUUGCAAUAUAAGCGAAUCCUUGUCUAAAACCAAAUAAGAAUUAUAAACUUAAAAUGAGUACAUAUUAUUACCAAAGACUUUAGAUUAAGAAAAAAAAUGAUUUGGAUGGUUUGCAAUUAAAUAUGCACACUAUUUAUACUUAUUUAAACAAAAUAUUUCAAAUUUAUACGUAGCCCAUAGCGACUAUGUUAAGAAUAUUCUUUAAUUUUAUUGAUGCCAUUCAUAUGUAAAUACAAAAAAAAAUAGAAAAAUUCAUUAGAUAAUAAUUCACAAUAUUUUCACUAAGGUGACUCAAUAAAAAUAAAUUAUUGUAAUGAAUAUUAUGCAAUA